AUGGCAAAAGAAAAGUGCAUCAUCAGAGAGGUCCCUCGUUACCCUCCUUGUUUCAGUGGUUAUUGCUGCCAAGAUCCGCACUGCUGUAGUAAAGGGUACAAAUACAGUUGGCCAGAGCUUGUGGGAUAUAACGGAGACAGCGCAAAGGCAACAAUUGAGAAAGACAAUCCACUGGUGACGGUUUAUCAGAUUCCCGAGGGAGCUUAUAGGCUCACGGACUUCUGCUGUAAUCGGGUUUAUUUGUGGGUUGAUGGUAAUGGCAAUGUCACUCGGGUACCCACCGUCGGAUAG